AUGGACAGGGACAACCACACUACAGUCACAGAAUUCCUCCUCCUGGGACUCUCUGGGCUGCAGGAGCAGGAAGAUGCCCUCUGCGGGCUGUUCCUGUGCAUGUACCUGGUCACCAUCAUCGGGAAUCUUCUCAUCGUCCUGGCCAUCAGCUGUGACCCUCACCUCCACACGCCCAUGUACUUCUUCUUGGCCAACCUCUCCGCUGUUGACAUUAGUACUUCCUCAGUCAUAGUACCCAAGAUGUUGGUCAAUCAUGUGGUGGGGAGCAAGUCCAUCUCUUACCCACAGUGCAUGACCCAGAUCUACUUCUUCAUCACUUUUGCUAAUACAGAUGGGUUCCUCCUUAGUGUGAUGGCCUAUGACCGCUAUGUGGCCAUCUGUCGCCCACUGUACUACACCAUGAUCAUGAGGCCCAGAGUCUGUGUCCUGCUGGUGGCCGUCUCCUGGGUCAUUACCAACCUGCAUUCUCUCCUCCACACUCUGCUCAUGGUCAGACUCAACUUCUGCUCCAACAACGCUGUGCGCCACUUCUUCUGUGACCCCUACCCUCUCCUGAAGCUCUCUUGUUCUGACACCUUCAUCAAUGACCUCAUGGUUUUCACUGUGGGUGGAUGGGUCUUUAUGACACCGUUUAUGUGCAUUGCAAUUUCAUACGCCUACAUCUUCUCUAAAGUCCUGAAGUUGCCCUCAGCCCAGGGGAUAAGGAAAGCCCUGUCCACGUGUGGGUCCCACAUCACUGUGGUCUCCCUCUUCUAUGGGGCUAUCCUGGGCAUCUAUAUGCACCCUUCAUCCUCCUACUCAGUGCAGGACAUGGUGGCCUCUGUCAUCUUCACAGUGGUGACACCACUGGUCAAUCCUUUCAUCUACAGCCUGAGGAAUCGGGACAUGAAAGCAGCCCUCAGGAAGCUCAUUCUCAGGCCAGACGUGGUGGCACAUGCCUUUAAUCCCGCUGGGAGGAUCUGCCUGUUCGACCCGGUGUUCCAAGCUCGACCCAAGAGAGCCCUGCAUCUCUUUAGAAGUGUCCCCCUCUGCGAGAGGAGGACCCUCAGUGCUCGGCCCGGCUGUGAAGCCCCGUCCUCCCAGAUCUGCGGGGAGCCCCACAGCAGGGACUUCCUGAAAGUGCGUACCGGGCACCCAGAGCAACCGGACCCAAACGACAGGCCCUCGGCCAGGCAGGCCAGAUCCCUGCGCCUGGUCUCCGCCUUUGUGAACAGCCGUUUCCCUGUGCGCAUCCAGCGGGGUUUGUGA